UGCGUGCACGGCACGAUGGCGCUGGAGUACGUGCCUGAGAAGGGACGCCGGCCCGGUCAGGCCUCGGCGCGGCCCACGCACUUGGCUAACAUGCUCGCUCCCGCCUCCCGCCACGCGCCGGCCACCGCGGAGGCCUCGUCCACCAGAGGCCCGGUGCCUCUCAGGGAGUUGGAGCUGUACUUCCUCAUCGCGCGGUACCUCUCGGCGGGUCUGUGUUGGAGAGGGGCCCAGGUGCUGGUCCAUGAGUUGGAGCAGUACCAAUUGUUGCCGAAGAGGUUGGACUGGGAGGGCAAUGAGCACAACAGGAGCUACAAGGAACUGGUCUCGUCCAACAAGCAUGUGGCUCCUGAUAUCUGUUGUAUUGCCAGCGCAUUGGUGCUAUGUUGGAUAAAGAAAUUCCACCCAGUAUUUCAAGAGUCACUUCUUUACUUACCGCAGGAAGGCAGUCUUUGCUACCUACAGCGAAAGGUACCUUAAUUUGAGGAAGUGUUCUGCUUCAUAUCAAUAGCUUAAUAAUUAUUAUAAUUGUGAAGUAAUGUAAGCAUUGUGGAAGAAAAGUGAUAAUGUAACUAUAAAUCAUGCUGUGGACUAUAAAAUUCUCUGCAUUUAGCAUAGAACAUUGAAUUUUAUUACCUAAGUGUUUAAAAUGGGUCCUUCUGCAUUAAAAAGUUGAUAAAGAUAUAGAUGUUAAGCUAAAAAGCUUGAAUUUAUUCUGAGAUGUGUUUGAGGUUUUAUCAAUGUGAGUUCUUAAUUUUCCAUUUUGUAGCUCACUCAUAGUUUCAUUGAAUGUAAUUGUAUGUGUCUAAUAAACUCUUUUAAAUGCUAGAAUUUCAUUUGAUAUUUAGAUUCUGAAAGCCCUUUGUUAUAAAGGGAAGUGAUUUUCUAAAUUUGGUAGCAGCUUGA